CGGCGUUGCCCUUUUAAGGGGUUCCUUGAAACCGCGCCCGGGUUCCAUGUUUGCAGCCCCAGCCCGGGCGGAGGAAACUCCAUGUUGUAACAAAGUUUCCUCCGCGGCGCCGCUCCCGCGCGCCCGCCGCCCCGCGCCGCCGCCGGCCCCCGCCCCGCCUCCCCCCCCCCCCCCCCCCCGGGGGCCGCGCCGGGGGGGGCCGCCCCCUCCCACCCCCCCCCCCCCCCCCGACACCCCCCCCGGCGCCCAUGGAGCACCAGUCCAUCAUCGCCCAGGUUAGCAGGGAGGAGGGGAGCGCCCCGCUGCAGGAGAAAGGUACCCAGGCCCCCGCCAAGAAGCCGCGGAGCCGCAGCAUCCUCCAGUCCCUCUUCUGCUGCCUGUGCCGCGAUGAGGGGGAGCCCUGCGCCGGCACCACCAGCGCCCCGCUUUUGGUGGAGGAGAACGGGGCUCUGCCCAAGGCUGCUGUCAAACACCUCCUGCCCGAGAUCAAGCCGCAGGACGCCAGCAAGCUCUGCGUGGUCAUCGACCUGGACGAGACGCUGGUGCACAGCUCCUUCAAGCCGGUGAACAACGCCGACUUCAUCAUUCCCGUGGAAAUCGACGGCAUCAUGCACCAGGUGUACGUGCUCAAGCGGCCGCACGUGGACGAGUUCCUGCAGCGCAUGGGCGAGCUCUUCGAGUGCGUGCUCUUCACCGCCAGCCUGGCCAAGUACGCGGACCCUGUGGCCGACCUGCUGGAUAAGUGGGGGGCUUUCCGGGCACGGCUUUUCCGGGAAUCCUGUGUCUUCCACCGCGGCAACUACGUGAAGGACCUGAGCCGCCUGGGCCGCGACCUGCGCCGCAUCAUCAUCGUCGACAACUCGCCCGCAUCCUACAUCUUUCACCCCGAUAACGCCGUGCCGGUGGCCUCCUGGUUCGAUAACAUGGCAGACACGGAGCUGCUGGACCUGCUGCCCUUCUUCGAGAGGCUCAGCAAGGUGGAGGACGUGUACGCAGUGCUCAAGAAGCAGCGGACUAACAGCUAGUGGCCCCCCCCCCCCUGCCCCACUGGGCGCUGCUGGGGGGGGGAUGCCCACCGCCGUGGCAGCCGGGUGCCUUAUUUUAGAGGGGGCGGGUGUGUGUGUGUGGGGGGGGUCCUGGUGUGUGUCCCCUGUCGUCCUCCCCAGCCCCGGUGGGCGCGGGAGCCCUCCCUGCCUGCUGGUGGUGGGAGAUGUGGGUGCCCCCGCCGGGGAAGUGGGUGUCCCCUUUCCCGCGGAGGAGGGGGGGGGCCGUGGGUGACCCGCUGCCUUGCUGUGCUGGGGACUUGGGGGGGGGGGGGGGGGGGAGGGGGGUCCCGUCCUCCCACACUGUCCCGUUCCCUCCCCCUCCAACCUGCGUGCCCCCUCCCCAAAACGGUUCUCAGGUCCUUUAUCCCUCCAUGUCCCCCCAAGCGGGGAGGGGGGUCAGCAGCUGCUGCUUUCCACUGCCUUUGGGGGGGACUGGACCCCCCCCGUCCGGGCUCUGCCUGCUGCAGGGGCUGGCAGUCCUCGGUCCCUAUCUGCAGGGGGGGGGACACAGGAAGGGUUAACCCCUUACCACCCCCCCAAAAAUGGGGGUGGUCUUAUUGGCCUUGGUGCAUGGGGCCACCACCAUACCCUUAACUCUGCCCUUGGUGCAGCUGAUCAUCUUGGGGGGAGGGAGGGCCAUGUCCCUACCCCCACCUCGUGCCUUCUGCUGCCCCCCCGCCUAGGGGGUAUGUUUUGGGGGGGGGGUAGCCCAGCCUCAGGGCUGAGCGCCUGUCCACAGCUGCCCCCCACGUGCCUUGGGACACCAUGUCUCCGUGCCCCCAACCCAGCCCUGCAAGGGGUGUGCCUGGGGGGGGGACAGCAUUUAAGUCACCCCCUCCAACCUCGGUUUAUUCUCGGGGAGGGGGGGCUCUGAUGGCCUCCCCCCUCUCUCCAGUUACACUGUGUCAGUAGGAGCCACUCCAGUCACCAACGGGGGGGGUCCUCCCCUUCCUUGGGGCGGGGGGUGUGUGUGUGUGCAUGCACCCCUUCCCCAUCUGUCUGCAGCUUCACCAGAGGCUGCAACUCUUAGGUAGGAGGGACCCCCAGACCAGCCUUAGUGUGCCCCCCCCCCCCCCCAGCCUUACCCCAGCCCCCCAGCUGGGACAGGGGUGGGGGGCACUGCAGGGUCCCACCCCCUCCCUGCAGCCUGGGGUUACCCUGACCCCCAUGGGGUUGGGCUUGUGCCAGGGUGUCCCCCAGCCUUGAGGGGCUGGGGGCUCUCAGGGAGGGUUUGGGGCGGGGGGGGGGCUGAGCUCAGACAGGCCUUUUUUAGCGUCGCAAUAUGGACAAUGUCUCAUAUCUUUUUAGGGAGAAAAGCAACGGUUUCCCAAAAAAUCAUGGGUGCCUUUUUACCGCUGUGCCAGGGAUGGGGGCCGCAGUAUUUUUGGUGGGGGGGGUGGGGGGGGGCGGAGAUGCGAGGGAUUUUAGCUCUCUGGUGCUGUGUGGCCGGCUCCUGCCGGCUGUGCCCUUCUCCCAACGCUGGGUGCCAAGGGUAGGCAAGGGUCCCCCCCCCAGGCCUGCCUGCACCCCUGCCUCCUCCCCCUGCCUCGUGGCGGGGGGGGGUGGGAUGGGGGACACUGCGUCACACCCGCCCCCCCCAGACCCCUGCAUGCCCUGGGCCUGAUCCUGCCCCUCCAGGAGGGUUGAACUCAGCACUUUAUAUUAGACAAGUCAAACGGCACCAGCAAAGCCCGCUGCCCAGCGAGCACCCGUGGGUGCUGCAGCACCCGAGGAGCACAACCCCCACGCCGGGCACCCUUGGGGGGGGUCCGGAGGGGGGCUGGAGGCAGCAUUGGGGGGGGGUGAGGGCUGGGGGACCAGAUCCAAGUGCCUUCAUGUGAUUAAAGCUGUCAAACCAUCUUGGAACGGGGA